UGUGAUAGUCACUGGAGGUGGAGAAAAAAAUCUUUAAUUACACCAGUGAGCUCAAUGGAGUUGGUACUCUGAAGUCUGAGUGUUUGAUUAGAAAUGGGAGCCUCCUUAUAUAAGAGUCAUAGGGGCAAGUGAGUAUGUUCACUGAAGCAGGGUGCUGGAGUUACAUAACAUUCCUGAAAGGCACAGUGGGCGAACAUGCUCAGAGUCAAGGGGGCGGGGCUAACCGGACAUUACAAAAGGGGCGGGGCUAAAAGGAGGAAGUUCAAAUAGGCCCUGCAUACUAUGCUGGUCAGGCCAUCUGCCUAUAUUCCUGAGAAUUGUGAUGUCACACAGAACUCUCAGAACAUUCCAGUCACCGUUGAGCAGAGCACACAAGUCUGCCACAGUGUUGGGUGCCUCAGUGAAUCAUCUCUUGUACAAACAAAUAUUACUGAGGCAAACCACACACUGGUGGCUGGAUUUUUAAAGGUGAUAGUUUGAAUAUCAGACUCAUCAUCUGAACUACGUGGCCUUGGUCUUAAAGGCCCAGACUGAAGACUCAAAUGCUGCCCUAGGAAUCCAGUUAACUCCUGCCCAGAUACCAAGUCCUCACAGGUAUCCUGGGUUCAUUUUAAAAUCUUGAAACUUGGCCUCCAAUUGAAGGUCAUAGUGGUAGAGAGUGAGCUGCACUUUAACAGUGGCUUGCAAGACUUAUGAGAAGCGGGAGCAGAUAAUCUGACAAACCUCAACCUUGAAGAUGGCUAGCAGCCAGCAGACCUACGAUCUAAUACGGGUGUUAGGCCGAGGUAAUUUUGGCAUUGUUUAUGAAGCUGUCAUCAGAAAUACUUCUGCACAGGUUGCAAUAAAGAAAGUGACAUGCCAGACACCUGAAAACGUUGAACUAGCCCUUUGUGAGUACCUGGUACUAAACUCCAUCAAGGACCAACAUCCAAAUGUGGUUCACUUAGAAGAAUGCAUCCUCCAAAAAGAUGGGAUGAUGCAAAAGAUGUCACACUGCUGUAAUUCUCCCACUUAUCUAGAUCUUGUAGAGACUUCAUUAAAAGGAGAAAUUGCCUUUGACCCCAGAAGUGCCCAUUAUCUGUGGUUGGUGAUGGACUUUUGUGAUGGAGGAAAUAUGAAUGAUUAUCUGUUGUCCAGAAAACCAGAUCAUAAAACUAACACCAGCUUUAUGCUUCAACUGAGCAGUGCUAUAGAAUUUUUGCAUAGAAACAAGAUCAUCCAUCGAGAUUUGAAGCCUGAAAAUAUCUUGGUUUCUUCAAGCGGUCUGGAUACAAGUGACAAAGAACCCAUAUUAAAAGUGGCUGAUUUUGGUUUAAGUAAAAUUUGUUCAGCCUCUAGGGAGAACCCAGAAGAACCUGUCAGUGUAAACCAGGGUUUUAUUUCCGCCCCAUGUGGAACCGAUUUAUAUAUGGCUCCUGAAGUAUGGGAAGGACAUUACUCAGGAAAAACUGAUAUUUUUGCCCUGGGGAUCAUUUUCUGGGCAAUGCAAGAAAGGAUAACAUUCAUCGACAAGGAGAGCAACAAGGAACACUUGGGAAGUUAUAUAAAAAAGGGUACUGAGAUUAUACCAAUUGGGAUGGCACUCAAGGAAAAUCCCAAAAUGGAACUUGUCAUUCCUGUGAAAAGAAAGUCUAUGAAUGUGCGAAUUAAAAAAUUGAUUAAGGACAUGCUGGCUGUAAACCCCGAGGAUCGCCCAGAUACUUCUGAGCUAGAAUUCAGAUUAGUAAAAAUGGCAUUUAGAGACAGUCGCUGCAAAUUACAAAACAAUUUGCAAAUAUCUUAGAUGAUAUAUUACUUCUGAUUUAACAGUGAUGCAACAUCAUGUAGCUGAAAAUGAAUAAAAUAGCUAU